GUCUCACGCACGGCGAAGGAAAUUCAGGAGAGCUUUCGCACGGAUGUGCUGUACUGGGACGACACCGUUGAAUUGGGACUGAAGGUGUAUCCCUCCGAUGAGAAGAUAUACACCUUUUUGGGCAACACAAUCGAUCCCGAUUUUGUGGACAAUCCCAAAGUGAAGGCUUAUGUGGACAAGUACAACUUAUCUAGUGCCUAUGAAGAAAUCCAAAUGGUGCGCAAUGGCACGUCCGGGGACUCGCAGGUGGAAUA